UUAACGGGCCUGUGUUGCAGCUGAGGCAGAUGAAGGAGCUGGAGCAGCAACGUGACGUCCUGUGGCACGGAUUGGAGAUGGUGGAUCGGGCUCGGUGCUGGUACCACCGACAACUCCAGGGACUGUGUGACCGGCAACACCGCGGCAAUGGGAGACAACUGGACAACGAUUACAAGUCCGAUUCUCCGAACCGCGUCAAUCAGCUUCUGGACAAGAUCGAAAGGGUUAAUUAUUGCCUCUGCAACUUCAUAUCCUGUGCAGAACAGGGGUUGCCGCCCCGGCACUGUGCCGCCGUUCCCCGCGGCCAGCGGAGGCGGAGCCGGGAGGACGAGUCGGACCAACAGCGAGCGGUGGCCUCACUGAAACGCCAAAACCACCUGCUGACCAAGGAGGUGUCAAGGAAAAGUCAGUGGAUUUCACAGCUGGAGGCGGAGAGAGAAUCACUGGUACAACGGUUGCUGGAUACUCGUCUCCAGAGCUAGGCACGUGAUCUCAAUAGACAAUAGGUGCAGGAGUAGGCCCUUCGAGCCUCCAGAGUGUACAUAGAAAUUAGGUGCAGGAGUAGGCCAUUCGGCCCUUCGAGCCUGCACCGCCAUUCAAUAUGAUCAUGGCUGAUCAUCCAAUUCAGUAUCCCGUACCUGCCUUCUCUCCAUACCCCCUGAUCCCCUUAGCCACAAGGGCCACAUCUAACUCCCUCUUAAAUAUAGCCAAUGAACUGGCCUCAAUUACCCUCUGCGGCAGAGAGUUCCAGAGAUUCACCACUCUCUG